UCUGUCUUAAUAUUCCAAGUCUGAUGCCAGAGCAAGCUUCCUUCCAGCACCUUCUUGGCCACUGUUCACAUGCUAGAAAAAGAUUUUGGAAUCAAGGAAAGCGUUUUCUUAAACUAGCCCUCUGGCUUUGUGUAUGUUAUGUAACCCUUAUCAACCUCAAUUUGCCCAUCCUUACUUAAAUGGAGACAAUAAUGUUCUAUAUUCCAAAUUUGUGGAAGUUAAAGAUAUUUAUUUGGUUGACCAUGAAACCGUAGAGCCAAAUUAUUUCCUACUGGGCUACCCAGAUGAAGCAUAUGAUACUGUAACUGAAGAUGGUUAUAUCCUUGGCCCUUAUGGAAUUCCUUAUGGGAAGGCAAACAAUGGUAACAAUUCAGCUCAGAGAAUUGUUGUUUACUUGCAACAUGGUUUGUUUACAUCUGCCACCAGCUGGAUUUCCAGUCUUCCCAACAACAGCCUGGGCUUCCUCCUGGCAGACGCUGGUUAUGACGUGUGGAUGGGAAACAGCAGAGGGACUACCUGGUGGUCCAGGAAACACUUAUACCUAAAAACAAAUUCCACAGAAUUUUGGGCUUUCAGUUUUGACGAGAUGGCUAAAUAUGACCUUCCAGCCUCUAUUGAUUUCACUGUGAAGCCAACUGGACAAGAGGAAAUAUUUUAUGUAGGCCAUUCACAGGGCACUACUAUUGGUAUGGAAACAAAGAUUGUUGCUAAUAUUCCUUACUUUUUAAAGUUUGUAGAUAUACUUUCUAAGGAUGUAGGUAAGCUUAAAGACCUCUCAGUAAAAUAAAGCAGAAUUGUGAGGUGAGCAUAGAAUAGUCAGUGCCCUGGAAACUUACAUGCUGCUUUGAGUCCAUGUAGUCUUCUCUAGUCACAAAGAAUUGCUUGUAAAAAUAAGGGUUGUGGUUUUGAUUGUUUCCCAUUGUAUGGAAGGUGGAUAUCCAUCUUAAAAUCAAAGUAAGAUCAUAAUUAUCAGUUGUUCCACAAAUAGAAAUUUUGUAUUUUUUAAAAAUAAUGUAGCCUAGGGUUUUAUAACUGACAGACCUGAAAAUGCUAUUUGUGUUUUAACAUUUAAGAGAGAUUAAGAAAUGCACAAAAAUGAGGAAAGCCUUCUUAUAUUUAAAGAUGACUAGAAAAGAAUUUUCAUCUCUUCACAGCAUAAUGCUUCUGUCUAGGAACUUUACUUUCAGAAAAAAAUUCCCCAAGACCUAGCAUAAUUCCCUUAUGUGGUGUUGUAAAUCUGUUAACUCUUACUCUUUAUACUUUGGAAGUAGAAAAGGCCAUUUUAUAAGAGAAGCCAAUAUUAUAUGAGUCUUGUCUAGGCUGUGUGUCAUUUCUUAUAGGAAUAAUUCAUUCCCUACUAGAAAGAUUUGCUGAGUAAGUCUAAUUCCACUUUUCAUAGCUCUUUACUCUGACGUGAAUUAACUAUGUGCAACUUUUAGUCUUGCCAGGUAUUCAGUUAUCUGGAAACAGGAAUCUCAGAAAAUUAUUAAAUAAGAAAAAAAAUGGGUGAUGUGUCAGAGCUUAUUGACUCAUAAUAUGAUACAUAACUUUGGUUAUUUGGCUUCUCAGAAUCCAGGGUUAUAAAACAACCAAUAAAAUAGAAAUGUGCAAAUACAUAGUUUGAUAGGAUGUCAAAAGUGAAAAACUACUAUUUGUCAUAUUAGUGACUCCAAACUCUCAAUAAAAUACAAAUUUAUGUUUAAUAUCCUCUGCACCAGAAGGCAAGGAGGUUCUAAAAUAUAUUCGAAACAUUACAAUUUAACAUUUAUUGAGUCUCAUACCUAAAGUAUAAAACUCAUCUAUCUGAAAAAUUAACUUACCUCAUUUCUACCUUCACCAGUUAUACAAAUGUUCAGUAUUAUUUCUGAAUUUUUAACUGUCAUGAACAAGGAUGAUUGCUGAAUUAUCAUUGUUUAUCAUCUAUAUAUUUCUUCUCAAUCCUAAUGAUCAGCAUUAUGUUGUGACCAGUAUGCAUCUUUCAUACUGGGUAAUCAAUAAAUGUUUGGUAAGUGAACUUCAGAAAUGAAUGAGUAAAUUAAUUGUUCAGAGCCUAUUGAACUUUUAUUUGCCAUGGUAUCAUUUCUUACAUGUUAGUAAUUACUUGAGAAUAGGUGAUUUAUAUCUUAUUUUCUUUCAGCUUUCAUAACAUUUUCCACAAUGCCAAAGAUAGCUCAAAGAAUCAAAAUAUUUUUUGCCUUAGCACCAGUUUUUUCCAUUCAAUACUCAAAAAACCCUUUACUUAAAAUGGAAGCCAGUGAUCAAGGUAUGUUAUUCCUUUCCUUUACGUGGUUGAUAACUCAAAGUGACCAUGAUUUUGUGCUUUCAAAAUAAAUGUCUUGACUAUGUUUGCAUGGCCACAUGUAUGAAUUGGAUAUUUGGUUACCUUUACACUGGAUUCUUGCCUUUGUUUCUAUAAAGGGAUAGGAUUUUAUUUAUGAUACCUUUGGGCAUCUCAUUGUGAAAGAAAAUUCAGCUGUCAAAUCAUCUCUACAUGCUGCCCCCAAUAUGGCCUUAAUUUAAAUGUUUUAAACUACUGUGAGAUAAUACAUUUGGUUGUAAGCAUAGUGAACUCACCACAGCAUUUCUUGAUAUUGUUUUGGUCUUCCAAAUAUGAAUAAAGUAAAUUUAUUUUACAGAUUUUUGCUGGCAACAAAGACUUUUUACCUAAUUCAUCAUUUAAAAGAUUUGUGGGUUCAAAGGUGUGUCCACUAAAAAUUUUUGGUAAGAUUUGCCAUGACAUCUUGUUUAUGAUGUCUCGAUAUAACCGGAAGAACUUAAAUAUGGUGAGAACAAGUUGUAUUUGUAUGUAUUUUAUUAAGUUUUAGAAAGUAACUCUCAAUAGUGAUUAUUUUAUGCCUUGGUAGUCAUUUUAUGAUUUACCCAUAUAUACUAGCAGUUAGAUUCUUAGCCUUUUUGAUUUUGUGACUAUACCAACAAUGUGAAACUAAUUUGCAUUGCCAUGCCGGUAUUAUUUGACCUCCAUAUUUGUCUUCCACUCUGUAAAGAGCAGAGAACAGCUGCUGUGAUGGCUAACUUUAUUAUUAGCCUUUGCUAUUAGGUGUUAAUUUCUUUACAUUUCUUGCAUUAAAGUUGUCUUCUAUUAGCUUAUUUCCAA